AUGGAGCUGAAAUGGCUACUGUAUGUGACCCUGCUCGCUCUUGGGACUCUAGCUGUCCAGGCACAUGAUAUGGAUGAUGACAAUGAUGGUGACGAUGUGGUUGAUAUUGAGGAUGACAUGGAUGAUGGCAUUGAGGAGGUGGAAGAGUUGAAGCCUGAAACGAGCACUCCUCCUCCAACUCCAAAGGUUACCUACAGGGCCCCAGUCCCAACUGGUGAGGUGUAUUUUGCAGAGUCCUUUGAUAAGGGAACUCUAGAUGGAUGGAUCCUUUCCAGAGCAAAGAAGGAUGAUACGGAUGAUGAGAUUUCCAAAUAUGAUGGUAAAUGGGAAGUCCAAGACAUGAAGGACACCAAACUUCCAGGAGACAAAGGGCUUGUCCUGGUAACCAGAGCCAAGCAUCAUGCAAUUUCAUCCAGACUUUCAAAGCCUUUUGUAUUUGAUACCAAACCCCUUAUUAUACAGUAUGAAGUAAACUUCCAAAAUGGAAUAGAGUGUGGCGGAGCCUAUGUAAAAUUGCUUUCAAAAACCCCUGAGUUGAACUUGGAUCAGUUCCAUGACAAAACUCCGUAUACAAUCAUGUUUGGCCCUGACAAAUGUGGAGAGGACUAUAAAUUGCACUUCAUCUUCCGUCACAAAAACCCGAAGACUGGCAAAUAUGAGGAGAAGCAUGCAAAGCGUCCAGAUGCAGAUCUGAAGACUUACUUUACUGAUAAGAAGACCCAUCUUUAUACUCUGGUCUUGAAUCCUGAUAAUAGUUUUGAAAUACUGGUUGAUCAAACGGUUGUCAACAGUGGGAAUUUACUAAAUGACAUGUCUCCUCCUGUGAAUCCACCUCGAGAGAUUGAGGACCCGAAUGACCAGAAGCCUGAGGACUGGGAUGAGAGACCAAAAAUCCCAGACCCAGAUGCUGUUAAACCAGAUGACUGGGAUGAGGAUGCUCCUGCAAAGAUCGCAGAUGAAAAUGCUGUGAAACCAGAGGGCUGGCUGGAUGACGAGCCAGAAUAUGUAGCAGACCCUGAUGCUGAGAAGCCUGAAGACUGGGAUGAGGAUAUGGAUGGUGAAUGGGAGGCACCUCAAAUUGCAAAUCCUAAAUGUGAGACAGCCCCUGGCUGCGGUACCUGGCAGCGACCGAUGAUUGACAAUCCGAAUUACAAAGGCAAAUGGAAGCCUCCUAUGAUUGAUAACGUGAACUAUCAGGGUAUAUGGAAACCUAGAAAGAUCCCAAACCCAGAUUUCUUUGAAGACUUGGAACCUUUCAAGAUGACUCCCUUCAGCGCUGUGGGACUUGAGUUGUGGUCAAUGACUUCUGACAUCUUUUUUGACAACUUUAUCAUCUGUACUGAAAGAGCUGUGGCUGAUGAUUGGGCCAGUGAUGGAUGGGGACUGAAAAAGGCAGCUGAUGGUGCUGCAGAGCCUGGUGUUGUGGGCCAGAUGAUGGCAGCUGCUGAGGAGCGUCCCUGGCUUUGGGUAGUCUACAUCCUCACUGUGGCAUUGCCGGUGUUCCUUGUUGUCCUUUUCUGCUGCUCUGGGAAGAAACAGCCAAGUGCUGCAGAAUACAAAAAGACUGAUGCUCCUCAGCCUGAUGUGAUGGAAGAGGAGAAAGAGGAAGAAAAAGACAAAGGGGACAAGGAAGAGGAGGAGGAGGAGGAGGAAACAAACGAGGAAAAGCUAGAAGAGAAGCAGAAAAGUGAUGCUGAUAUAGGAAGUGCUAGUCAAGAGGAGGAGGAAGAAGAAGAGGAAGAGGACAGGAAACCUGCAUCAGAGGAGGAGGAAACUGUGAAUAGAUCACCCAGAAACAGAAAGCCAAGGAAAGAUUGAAAAAAGUCAUAAGAACUUGAUCUGUGUUUUUUCUUUUUUCCCAAACGUGGUUCUGGGAGAGGACCUUGGACACCCUACAUUGAAACUUGGACAAACCUCAAGGGUUCACCAUCCACAGGUUCCAGUCACACUAUCCAAUGUAACGGAGUGUCUAGCAGUAAAAUAUUUGCAGUCAUGUGUUUUAAAGAACAUCAUUCCUGUAGAAAGAAUGCAUUUAAUAUAAUGGGCUGUGGAUUUUGGAAUGUAACAUAACUAACCUUUUCAUUUUUGGUUUUAAAUAUUCUUUUCUGUUUUUAAGUAGAUUGGUAGAACUUUUCCGGUCUCGAACCUUGGCUUAAUUUAAUAUAUUAGUGAAAAAUAACAAUGAAUCUUGGAAGUGCUAGGUUAUAAAAAAUGCAGUUUUAUAACUAGGUUUUUUUUUUUACAAGUAUGUAAAUUCCUAAAUGCACCAAUGUCUUUAUAUCCCUUAAGAUUUGGUAAGUGUUGAAAGAAAAGUUGUCAAUAUAUUUGACAGCUCCUCUGCCUUCAAAAGAGAAGAAAACUGGGGAGGGAUGUACAGGGAAACCAGUAGUGAAACUCUAAUAUUCUUUUGAGGGGGGAGGGGAAAGAGGAAGGGGUGGAAGGAAGGGGUUAGUAUAGAAUAUGCGUACUGUGCAUGGCUAAAGCCCUGUUAAGUGUUGACAAAUAAUACAGGAUUUGGAGUGGGUCAUGUUCACGUGGCAUCUAAUCCUCUGGGCCUUGC